CGAGAACUCAACUCUGUACAUUUGUCAGAUUAAUUUUUGCUAACGUUAACUUGGAUGCGGGGUCGCUGCAUCGGCUGAAAUUGCAUUCAAGCAUUUCUCACUACAGUGAGAGGGAUCUGUAGCAAGGCCACGUUAUGUAGCAGUGCAAAUGCAUAAAGCUAUUUGAUAUCUCAAAUGAUCAUGAAUUAACGCUUGUUACCAUAAAUCGUUCGUUUUAAAGAUACCGUAUAAAUAAUUUUAACCCUCACCACCUCUUGUAUGAGAAAAAGGUUGGAGUUAAGGCAUUUCUACUUGUCUAGACUUGUCCUUUUGGAUUGUCAUCUCUAGACUUUACUGUCGAGUACAAUUUCUGGUAAAUAAUUCAUCCAUAGCAAUUAUUAGUCAUAAUCACUUUUAGCUACAUGACAGUUAAUGCUAAGAGUGGCAAUCGGUCAUGGGCAUUAUGCCGCGUUCACAUACUAGUCGAAUCUAGAAAAUUUCCAGUUGUAGUUAUACACGUGUGAUGUUUAACCAGUUAGCAUGUCGGACAUUUCCGAGUUUCCUAAUUCGACUGGCGACUGAACGCGGCAUUAGUCAGUGGGUCAAGGUUCAGUGCUAUUUCAACAGUCGAUGUGGGGUGUGGAUCUUUUGAAAUAAGUAUACAGGACAGGCCUAAGAUUGUGGACUAAAAUAAGAACUAACCAUGAUGUGUGCCGCAGAAAGGAAUUGACAGACCUUUCAAAUAAGAGAUUUGUGUUCGAGCUGGAGUCUUCUGCCGUGAACCGCCCUCCCUCCCUGUCUUCUCCCCCGAUUGCAACCAUGCAGACCAACCCGGUACUGGUGGAGUCUGCAGUGGUCUUCUCUGUGGUGAUGUGUGUCCACAUGGCCGUGUGGAACCAGCACUCCUGGUGCUGCGUGGCCCUGGUCAUCCAGGCCUUCUACGUGCAGCACAAGUGGGACCGCCUGCUCCGUAAUGGCAACGCCGUCUUUCAGUGGCGCCUGUCAGCCAACAGCGGCAUCGUCCCAGCAGUCAUGGUGAUGCCCCUGCUGGGUGUGGCGCUGCGGGAGAAGUGCGCCGCCUCGGGGAACGUCUACUUUGAGCGUUUCUCCAUGGUGGUCACAGUGACAGGCAUGAUGCUGGCACUGUUCCUGUCGCUCCUCGCGCUGGGCAUCACAAGGCCCGUGCCCACCAACACAUGCGUGAUUGCGGGUGUGGCGAGCAGUGCCAUCCUGUACACAGUGAAGCAGACCCUAACAGUGUCGGAGGUGAUUGAGGUUCUGGAGGUGCUGCUGAUAUUCGUCUACCUGAGUCUGAUCGUGCUCUACCUGCUACCGCGCUGCUUCACGCCCGGCGAGGCCCUCCUCAUCGUCGGGGGCAUCAGCUUCAUCGUCAACCAGCUCAUAAAGCGCUCACUCAACAUGGCUGAGGUCAAAGGGGAGCCUGUCCACUACUUCCUGCCCGUGGUGGUGGUAGGAUCUCUUCUCCUAGGGGUGUUUUUCGCCCUGCUCUUCUGCUUCAUGGAGUCUGAGACCUGGGUGUCGUCGCUCUUCUUCCACAUGAUGACGGCUGUGCUGGGCCUGGGGAUCCUCAUGCCCUGGCUCUCCCUCCUCAUCCGCCGCCACCCCAUCAUGUGGCUGCUGGACUUUGUGACUCUGAACGACAAGCGUCUGUGCCUGCUGGGGUACUGGGUGCUGUUGGCCACACUGGCCACCCUGGUUGUGCUGCACCAGAACUACCAGCGCCAGUCAGGCUCCAAGAAGCACCAGGCCUCUACGGUAGUCAGAAAGUACUUCCACCUCAUUGUAGUAGCCACCUUCGUCCCAGGCCUGGUGUAUGACCGCCAGCUCCUACACGUGGCGUCCGUGGGCUGCCUGGGGGCCUUCCUGCUCCUGGAGUAUGUGCGCUACUUCCGCAUCCGCCCGCUGGGUCAACUCCUCCGUCAGUUACUCACCCUGUUCCUGGACGAGCGUGACUCUGGACCUCUCAUCCUCACCCACAUCUACCUCCUCCUGGGCAUGUCCCUGCCUAUCUGGCUGUUCCCGGGGCCCUGCGCCCCCAAAGGCAUCCUGCCUGGGGCGGGGGGCCUGGUGCCCUACGCCGGGGUGCUGGCGGUGGGUGUGGGGGACACAGUGGCGUCGGUGUUCGGCAGCAGCAUGGGCGAGAUCCGCUGGCCGGGCACCAAGAAGACAGUGGAGGGCACAGCCACGUCGGUAUUUGCCCAGAUCAUCGCUGUGGCUAUCUUCCUCAUAUUCGACCCCACCAUCAAUCUGAACUCCACCUACUCAUGGAUCGUGGGCUCCAUCACCAUGGUAGCCAUGCUGGAGGCCUACACCUCGCAGAUAGACAACCUGCUGCUGCCGCUUUACCUCUUCAUCCUGCUGCUGCUCUGAUGACCCCCGUGGAGCACCGCACACAGGUCAUGUUUGAGAUCGACUACCUUGCAGA